AAACUGUUCCAAUACAAAUAUUUCGUAUAUCAAUAUUUUAAUAAGGUAGGAGUAGGACACUGGUUAAUAAUAUUGUAGCAUGUUCAAGCAACCAAGGGAUAGUAGUUAUCAAAUAAGUAUAAGAUGUGCAGUUAUAAGUUUUACAGUUAUGUAAUGCACUGUUGUUGGGGGGAGAGACUGCCCCUUCCAUAUCAGUGUGUGUGUACGGCGGGCAUGGAAAAGUCAUACUUAGUGCGGUGAGCGCUGGCUUUAUUGCUACUGUAUCCUACAGUAGCCUGACAUGACUAAGCAGCCCCUUACGUAAAACCAACCUCUCUGGCAGCGUGUUGCAUGCUGGAUUAACGGGCAUCAACAUGAACAAAGACUGUAAUAGGAUAAAGACUCCAGUGGAACAAGCACAAAUAGACCGGUCAGUUCGACUUCAGCUACAAGCCUACUGUCCACACACUGAGCACUUUGUUUAUGCCCGCAAAGCAGAAGCGUCUUCACUCUUUUACUGAAUCCUUUUUCCAGAGUUUUAAACUUCAAAGCUACUGAGUGAGCUCAAGAUGAAGCUGCUGCUUGGUUUGUUUGUUCUUGGGGCGACGCUGGGGGUCCUUUAUUCUGCCCCAGAGGACGAACCCACCGGCAUCUCAAAGGACACCUUACAACAGUUGUCCCUGGAUGGGGAGAAACUCGUGGACGAGGAGGUAAGGCGGGCUCUCUACGGGGUGAAGCAGAUGAGGGAGGUGAUGUGGAGGAACGAGCAGAAACACGAACACCUCAUGAAGUCUCUCCGACACAGCAGUGACAAGAAGAAGGAGGCAGACCAGCUGACUAAGGAGGUGAAGCAGAAGCUGCAGGAGGCCGAGCAGCAGUGCAAAGAGUCCCUGCAGUCUGAGUGGGAGCAGUGCAGGCCCUGUCUGGAGGACGCGUGCAAAACUUUCUACACCUCCACCUGCCGCAGGGGAUAUGGCUUCUUCCAUGCAAAGGUGGAGAACUUCUUCCGCAGAGUGUCUGGGCACUUCGGCCCCAAAGAGGCCCGUCUGGAUGCAGGGGACAUCCUGGUGAACCAGGGCCCCGAGGACAGCGACAUGGAGGCGGACCGCAUCGAGGAGUCCUUCAGCAGCCUGAGCAGCAGGGUCGGGGGGCUGGUGAACCGCAGUGUGGAGCUGGUCUCCAGGAUGAGCGGCCGGCUGGACCAGGUCCUGCAAAAAGCCUUCCUGAACUACACCGACUCCCUGAUGGAGGAGGACACCGCGGACCCCUACGACCCGGCCCGCGACUCCAGCUUCCUGCAGGGGGUGGGACUGGAGGACGUUCUGGAGUCCUUCUUCGACUUCGGCAAGAGUGUGGUGGAGGAGUUCGGAGCGGUGGUGACCCAGAGGUUUGAGGACAUCCAAAAGGCGGUGGAGGAGCAGAAGAAGAAAGGGAGGGAGAUGUUCCCUCGUUUCCUGCAGAACAGGAAGUUGUGCCGGGACCUUCGCAAACAGACCUCCGAGUGCUGGCAGCUGCAGAGCCAGUGUGAGGCCUGUCAGGGAGCGCUGCUCACAGAGUGCCCCAGCGUCCGGGACCUGCAUGUGGAGCUGGACGAGGCCUCCCAGAUGUUGGAUGUUUCCACAGAGCAGUACGAUGAGAUCCUGUCCAUCGUCCAUCACCACACUGAUGAGACCGUCAACUGGCUGAGCAACAUGGCGGCCGACUUCAGCUGGGUGGCUCAGUCUGUGAACAGCAACACUCCUGAAAACAUCUUCAGUGUCAACGUGGUGGCACCAAACACCCAGGAUGAACAGAAUGAAUCUGAGACGGAGACCAAGGUGGAGGUGAACAUCCUGAACUCUCCCCCAAUCAUCUUCUCUGUCCCUGGGGAGCUGAAGCUGAGGGACCCCGCCUUCAUCCAGUAUGUGACCCAGAAGGCUCUGAGCAAGUACAAGGAGAUGGUCAGGUACGAUGAGGAUGAGUAAACUACAGUCUCCUUUUCUAAACUUCUACCAGCACUUUCAUUAAAAGUAGAACUAGCUUGUGCUCCUGUAUACAAACCAUGUCAAUCAUUCCUAUUUAUUGAAUGUAAAAUUAAGAUAAUGUACUACAAACCUGUUGUAAAAUGGUGUACAUAAAUACAAUUCA